UCGACUGGGCAUAGAUUUUCUAAAAUAUAUCAGGCACCGCUUGCAAUAUAAUAUUAUAAAAAUAGAACAAAUCAUCAUUCCUUCUUCGCCAGUAGAUACUACUCGGAAAACUUCCAAAUACACAGGACUGUCGCUUAAAAAGAAGACAUGUCUUCGUCAGCUUAUGCAUGGAUUCAUUGGAUGUCGUUAGAGGAAUUAACCAUAAAUUAUGAAACAUAGACCCACCCUAAUACGCGCUUUGAAGAUUGCAACUUCUCUUAUUAUCUCUCCACCUCGUAUUAUUUGGGGAGCAGUUUCUUUAUUUAUAUGACGCCAUAAAUAUAUUGCUCUAUUUAAUAUAUAUUUUUUUUUCAGUAAUAAUACAACAACUGCUCAUAAAUUCUUUAAAUAAAAUUUGUUAUUACCGUUAAUUUGCCAUAUUUGAAUACUGUGUUGUCACCAUGCACUGCUGCUGAUAAAAAUUAAAUUGCUGUGCUCGCUGAAUAUUCAUCGCAGUUGGAAAAUAGACUGCCAAGAAUGCAUCAGGAUCCUUGCUAUGCCGUGAGCUAUGGCGUCCGUUGGAAGGCCGUUGAGCCCAGGACCACUAUGUGGUGCAUUCUGUUUUUGCUGAUUAAUUGUUGAACUCAUUUCCCAGAAAUUGCCUCGCCCUGGCUCACCUGCUUCACGCUUAAUACGACUAAAAUAGUUACUUGUGGAGAGAAUGUGCCGUACUUGGUUCUGCCAUUCUGUUCGCAAUAUACUUGACAUAGAUCAAAACAUUGAAGAUCCGCCAACACCACCGAACUUCUUGAGUCAGCAAUUAAAAUGAUGAAACAAGUGCAACUUUUUUUAAAUUCCUUCUUUAAUCUGUCUUUUUAGAAACUCAUGUUGAUGUAAUGAAGUAUUAUUAAUAAUAUUUUGAAAUAAAAUAUGCAAAUGGGGAACUAUUUCCAUUUUCAUUAGGCUUUUCUUACAUCACGACCGCAACAAUGCUUUCAUGGUAUUUAUGCAAAUAGUCCUCUGUCUGAAGUCUUUUUACGCCUGCCUUUUCUGAAAAAAUAUUCUAAUCUGUACAAAAGUAGAACUCAGAAACGGUGGAUUUCAUUUGUGUUGUAGCAUUAUACCGUUAAUAGGUUAACAGGUCAGAGGUGUUUUCUGUAUCGUUUUACUAUGCUCAAUCCAUCCAUGCUGAGGUAGAAAUCAAAGCAGUCAUCAGAUAAUGCAUCUGAGGUAUGGAGACAACACUUUUUUUUAUCCUUUUUUCAACGCAUAAGAUGAGAGAAUUCCUAUUUCGAAAUGAGCAGUUACGCCAUUCUCAUCUUGGUUAGUUGAAGACCUUCUCACUGCUGACUUAUUAAGAUUACGAUUAGUCUGCGAUAAUGCUGUUUAAGAACAAUGAAGUUUAGUGAAUUGACAAUGGCGACAUUUGGCGACAGCUUUCUUUUCGAUAUUUUUAAGUCCCACAAUUUUCCUUAUGGCCUUAUUGCACAUUAUGACUCGAAAACAAUUGGAUUGACUUAAGGAUUAAAAUCUGUGAGCAAAUAUAACUCAACGGAAGCAAUAACUUAGCGCACAGUUUAGUAAGAAAACGUUAAAUUAAAAUAGAUUUAGGCCAAAAUGAAAUAACAACUUUUCUUUGUAGCCCAAAACAAUUGAAAACUGUAGUAGUAUAACCCGUUAAACAUUUAUGCACAAGAACAAUAGAUUUUUCGUGAAAUAUUUCUUAUCUUAUCUUCAACUUGUUCGGGUUCCUCAUUGUCCUUCAUGAUCAUUUACUAAAUUAGUGUUUAUUGAGCCAUAAUUAAAAUCUAUUUAAACGGACCCCGAGUACAGAACAGAAAAGCGUAGCAGCGUUGACUUAUGUAAGUAACUAUUUAAUAUUUUGACCUUCACGGCAUCUCGCGUAAUUCACUUCAGAUCUUGCAGGGCGAGACAGAAAUUUGGUAUUCCAGGAAAAAUUAAGAUAGAUAAAUCGUUGUACCUAUGUUUAACUUGAUUUGAAUAGUUCUCGCUCAUUUUAUGAGGAAAAAUAUUAAUAAUUUUCAACCAAAUUGAGAAAGAAAAUAAUGUACAAUAAUAACAGAUUCCUUCUUCGUCGAUUGACCUCAUUGCUUCUCAGUGAAUUUACCGCUGAAUUUUUGAUUACUUAAGCAUUCCAAGUCUCAAAUAAAUAAAUAAUAAACGAGGUUAUUAGAGCUACUUUAGUCCUUUUAAGGUCAUUACUCUGUAUCCCACAACAAAAUUCUUUCCAAAUUCGCACUCAAAAUGGUAAUCCUUUCCUCGAAAUCCGCCAUAAGGUAAACACUCGCUAAGUACUAGUCCGGAAGAAUAAUUAGAAAAGGAAACACAAAAAGCUAUUUGAAAAUAGAUAACAUUGAACUAUUGAUGAAAUACCCUCUAGAAUUGUUACCGAGUACUUUUCUGCGUCAGACAACAUCUGUUUCCACAUGAAUCAAGCUACUGCUGGCGGUCGGGACAGAGUUCGCCAUACAACAAAAACAAACCCUGAAAUUUUUAUCUCAAUAACAUAACCCACAGAUGUGUUGUUCUUCGGCACUGACCUUGAAGUCGACGCUGAGUGCGUAACCUGUGAGAGCAUACUCGGACUUAUAUUGCGCUCGCUAAUGAGUGAGUUGAUUAUAUUGUCAAUUAUUCUUUUAUUAUGUCAUUGGUCUUUAAUGGAUUUGCUUAUAAGUUUCAGCCUUAGGCUUUAAAUUUAUUUUCAAAUUGGAAAUUUGACGGUAUAAAUACGACCGACUUCAAGAAAGUAGUCAUCAUUCGUGUCUCAGAUCCUGUCGAUAUUUCAAUAAAAAUUUUUAUAAUUAUUUUCUUAUUCAAAGAGCCAAUAAAUUGCGCAAACGAAAAUGAAUCUAGCUUUCGAAUCUAAACAUUCCAUCCGGAACAUACUUGGAGUCGAUGAUGAUAUUGAAGCUCCGCCAACACCACCCGAUUCUGUUGACUCAAGGUCGCCACACAGCUCACCACCUCCGAUCCAGAGACCAAAUCAUACAUUUAAGGACCUAGUAAAGAUGGCAAUAAGGAAUUGCCCUCAAAAUGCACUCCCACUCUGUGCUAUUGUGGACUGGAUUAGUCUAAACUUUCCAUACUACCGUAAAGAAGAUUCUGGCUGGCAGUGUCAGUUGCGACACACUCUUAGCACACUUAAGUGCUUUAAGAAGUUGGUUCGUCCAAUAGGUCAACCGGGGCGUGGAAAUUUUUGGGCUGUGGUGCCUGAUGAUCACCAACCAGUAGUUCCCAUUGCCGUGCCACACGCAGACUUGUACACCGAAGUUUUGAGGAACGGUAUUGCCUGUAAUCAUCCUCAGGCUGAGGGUGCUGUGUAUUUUCCUACACCGGAGGAGGCUAGAGCAUACGUAGCAGCAGUGGCGCAGCAGCAACACGGAUGGUUUCUCCACCAACAGCAACCAUAGAAUCAUUACUUAUUGUUAAUUGUUAUUAAAACUA